AUGGAACUUGAUUUGCUUGACAGAUAUGUCCGAGAUCGAGCUGAGCUGCAAAUGGAAGACCUUAUCGUCACAAACGACAACUAUGACGAGGAUAACCGACGAUGUCAACGGUAUGAAAUCCAAUUAAAGUAUAAUGAAGGACGGUACUCAGCAAUCUACAUUGUCUCUAAACAAGUAUGCAACAACGAAAAUAUCGUAGACCAAAGCGGUUUAUUUGCGAUGAAGACUGGUAUACGCAACGGAAGCGCCACAUUUAACAUAAAAAUGAAGAGAGAAUUUCGGAUUCUUGCACUGCUUACAAAAGCUAAAGUAACUUGGGCACCUCUGCUAAUGGAUAGUGGGACAGUGUGUGAUAUGCCUUUCAUCGUGAUGAGCCUUCUAGAUAUGAAUAUUGAGAAACUUCGAGAGAUGCUAGGUGGAAAAUUUCGAAGUUCUUCUGCUUUUUACAUUGCAGGAGAAGUGUUGAACGGACUGCAGGUAUAUGAAAUCACUUGUUAGCG